AAGGAAGAAAAUUUGAUACCCGUCUUUCUUGCUCGACUGCGAUAUAUACUUUUGGGUAUGAAAAUUUAACAUGCCAUUAAUUUUAAGUCUUGUAAGCUAUUUUGGUUUCCAAGGAAGCACAAGCAGAAAGUGUUGGAGUUGUGGUGUUCAAGCUGCCAAAGUAGCAGCAAAUGGAAAGACGUGAGAGCUGCAACAUGAUUACAGAGUAGCAGCAAAGUGACAGCACAAUGGAGCUUCACAUGCGCUACAAGAAAUGGCAGUAAAUCUUUGAAUGUAAUCUUUUGUUUUAAAUGCUUAAUAUUUUAUUGUAUUGGGUAAAAUGUUAGGUGAGAAAAAAUUGUUUUUUUAUUGUAUUGUUUCUGCUAUAAAUGCAGUAAAAUAUCAAUGAUAUCUCUUGAGUUGAAGUAAUAUACUUCCUCUCCAUUUUCGUUUAUGCUCCUCCUGGUUUUCUCUCCAUUUUUUAGUUGGGUUCUGCUCUUCAUCUUCCUACCGAUGUUCUCUCCAUUUUUUUUCUUUGUGAAAAACUUGAACAUGGUAUCAGAGCCUUUCAUGAUCUUUGAGGGCCUGUAUGAGAGUGAUUUGAGAGAAAUCUACCACCAUAAACUCCAACAGAAAGAAACAAGGAGAAAGCAGUGCGUCCAAACAUUCACACUAAUGCCAUCAUAUAUCUGGUAAUCUCAACUUAUUUAUCUCACAAAUACAAUCUCUUUUUGUUUCUCAGAAGAAUUAAUUCUCUUGCGUUUGCAAUCCUUCUGUGUAGCUACUAAGCAUUCCGAAUCUGAAUUCUUGUCUUGUGUUUGCUAUCCUUGUGCGUGGCUAGGCAGUUCAGAUCUAGCAAAAUCGGAGGAGGGAGACACAGAGCCCCAGCCAUCCGAUUACCUUCCCUCAAUUCAACCGCUUCUCACCUAGCGUCCCCAGCCUCCUACGAAUAUCUCUUUAAGUUAAUGGCCUUAAGUGAAGCAAGUCAAACAUGCAUGGGUAUGAAGAUGAGAAUUGAAAGUUUUGGGUUCAAUUGAAAUGAAUUGACAAUACUCGC